CAAACCAAAACUUAGCCAUGUCGACGAGCCCAAACCCUUCCCUAGAGCUCUCGGGCUCACUCGACCUGCUCAAACACGUCAAGCUCAACUACCACUCCAUAUUCAACCGCUUCCUCUUCUUUCUCCUCCUCAUGUUCAUGGCCUCGCGCCUCUCCUGCAACAAUUUUCUACGUAUUUCCGUAGUUUUUUUAUACAUCGCAACACUUUACGUAAAAACGCGGCCUCGCGCCGUAUACCUUAUCGACUUCGCCUGCUAUAAGCCGCCGUUCUGGUGCCGGGUACCGAACGCGUCGUUUCUGGAGCAUUCUCGGGAGAUCAUCGGCGAGGACCGCGCCAAUUUCAUGAUGAGGGUUUUGGAACGCUCCGGGCUCGGCGAGGAGACCGCGUUGCCUCCGCUGGCACAUUACAUCCCCCCCGAGGCAUCGUUGGGCGGAUCGCGCGACGAGUCGGAGCUCAUUAUAUUCACGGCCGUCGACGAUCUGUUUCAGAAGACGGGGGUCGACCCUAAGGACAUCAACGUCGUCGUCGUCAACUGCAAUAGCUUCGCGCCGAUGCCGUCGCUCGCGUCGAUGAUCGUGAACCGGUACAAGCUCCGGGCCGACGUCCGGAGCUUCAAUUUGUCCGGCAUGGGGUGCUCGGCGAGCCCGAUAUCGAUCGGGCUCGCGAGGGACAUCCUCCGAGUGCAGCCUGACUCGACUGUUCUGGUAUUCUCUACGGAGAUCAUCGUAUCUCCGGCCUGGUACACCGGCACGCAACGCUCGAUGCUGAUCCCCAACUGCCUGUUCCGAAUGGGCGGCGCCGCGAUCCUCCUCUCGAACCGCCCCCGUCACCGCGCCGAUGCCAAGUACCGGCUCCACCACGUUGUCAGGACACACAUCGGGGCCGACGACAAGGCGUACAAGUGCUUGUACCAAGUCGAGGACGCCGACGGGAGGCUCGGGAUCUCCCUUUCGAAGGAGGUGAUGCCGAUCUCCGGCCAGGCGAUGAAACGGCACUUGAUUGAGCUGGGACAGUUUGUGCUUCCCUGGUGGGAGCAGCUGCUCUUCGUCGCAACGCUCCUCCGACGGAGCCUCAUCGACCCCAAGGCGAAGGUUUAUACUCCGGAGUUCAGAAAGGCAUUUGAGCACAUAUGCGUGCAUGCAGGUGGUCGCGCGGUGAUUGAUGAAGUGCAGAUGAAUUUAGGGUUGUCGGCGGAGCAGGUGGAGGCCUCGCGUAUGGCGCUGCACCGCUUCGGUAACACAUCGAGCAGCUCGGUGUGGUACGAGCUGAGCUACAUGGAGGCGAAGGGGAGGAUGAAGAAGGGGGACAGGGUGUGGCAAAUAGGGUUAGGGAGUGGCUUCAAAUGCAACAGCUCCGUGUGGGAAUGUGUUAAAGCCAUGGACAAGGUCGAUCAAGGUCCAUGGUCGGGUUGCAUUGAUAGGUACCCUGUGGAGGUGCCCGAAGUGCUCAAAUUCUAAGUUCUAAAUUAAACAACCCCAACACAUGCAUAUACAUAUCUAGAAGAAUGUCGUGUGCAAUUAAAAAAAUUACUUUGUAAUAAUAAAAAUUAUAUCAAUCUAAAUUUUACUAUCAUCUACUCAUGAAAAUCACUCAGCAUUAAUCUUAUAUGCAUGCAUGCAUGGCGCAUGCAUAUGCAUAUCUAGAAUAAUGCUGGGUGCACUUUCACGAGUCAAAAACUAUUUUAUAAUUUUGAUAAUAAAAAUUAUCGCAAUUUAAAUUUUAUUAUCAUCUUCAUGUGAAAGUGACUCGACAUUAUUCUUAUGUGUAUGCAUGGCUUUCAUUAUUGCCACUUAAUUAAAUAUUAAAAAAGGGCAGGUAAGAAUGAAUGGACCUUAUUUGAAAUAUGUUGCAUUUUGAAAGGGAUACCUAGACUUUAAAUAAUGUAAUUAGUGUGGAUCACUAUAAUUCGUGCGAUCCAGUGUUUUUAAAUCAAAACCUGAAUGGUGUUUUCACAUAUUUGAUUGAAAUUGUUAUGAGAUGAAAACUGUACAUGUAGGGUUUUUUAUUGUUGCAAUUGUUAAAUUCAAAGAGAACUCCAUAAAAUUUAGUGAGAAUUUAUCCUAAAUAAAAAAACUAAAACAGAUAGUGAGAUAAUUAAAGAUUUGUGAAGUUUAGGUAUUCAUUUCGAAAAGCUUUAUAGUUUACAUAAGUUCCAUACAUUUUUACUAAAAAUAUAGAAAAAAUGAAAACAAAAAUAAAGGACUAUUUUACGUGCAUGUUUCGUGGUUCAUGCAUGCAUAUGCUGUUAAAAAAAGAAAAAAAAAAAAAGUGAGUGCUUUCAUUUAGUUAUUGUUGCAAAAAGGUGUAAACAUAGUGUGGCCCUCACGAAUAUGGGCUUAGAUAUUUUGUGUGUGUAAAAUAAAAUUCAUUACAUGUAUCUCAAAAUAUUUACCAUUUUCUCUUUUAAUGUGGUGGUGAAAUAUUUGUAAUGUUAUCUUUCAGAUUAAGUGAAAAAA